CACAAAAAUGUUGCUGACAAUGCGGCGACAGAAUGAAUUGAUAGGCAGUCAGCAGCAUCCAGGUACAGCAUCGGUGGGCGAACAUCCGCCUGUAGCGACAUCGUCAUCGGCCACCACACAUGGCGGCACACCCUCGCCACCAGCCACAGGAGCAGCAGCAGGAACGUCCUUCGGAUUGAAUGGUCAAGGUCUCAGCUUAGUGCCGCCCUCCAGCUCCCAGCAGGAUUCUCUCAAUACGCCCACAACCCCUUUGCUGGGUCUGAGCCGUAAUCCUCUACAGUUUGCCGCCCCACCGGCACCACCGCCCAUUGCCGUGCAGCAGGGCGCUGCAGUUGCAGCUGCGCCCACGGCCUGCAGUCCGGCCUUUGGCUACUACCAUCAACCCCCGGGCCCGAGUGGAGGUGGAGCCACGGCCACCAUCGGCCCGGCAUAUCUGCAACAGCAUCAUCCCCCGGGGCUGGCAAAGGGCGACUCGGGACCCACUGAGCCCCAGCACUCGGUAGAAUUGGACGAGUACGUGGACAUAUUGCAGGUGCAACAACUGCUCUUGGACUCGUCGGCGGCCGCCGCAGCGGCAGCAGCAAAUCAAAAUCCCCCGAAUCCCACGCCAACAGAACAGCAGCAGCAGCAACAAAUUGUGGCAAAGCCACGACCACGCAUCAAUCUACAAAAGGCCACGGAAUACGCGGCCCACAUAGCCCAAGGCGGCGUAGCCCCUGGAACUCCAUCAGCGGCCAUGAUCAUGGAAGGGCUUGAAACCCUGGUGACGCCAACCCAUCACUGCUCAUUCCUGCUCACCGAAUCGGCCGCUGCGGCCCAUUUUAAUGUCUUGAGCUUCGACACGUGCCUCUACAAGACGACCACUGCCGCCCAGAGUAGCAGUCCAUCGGCAGGUGGUGCGGGCACUGCCUCAGCCUCGUAUCUGAGUCCGGCCCAGUUUGGACAGACCUCGGCAGCGGCCUCCACAUCAUCAUCAUCGUCAUCGUCGUCGUCGUCGCUGUUGCAGCACUAUACCACAGCUUCGGCGGCGGCUGUUGCAGCUGCAGCUGCCCAUCAUCAUCAUCAACAGCAGCAGCACAACAACAGCAGUCCCAACAAUUCCGUUCUACGGGCUCGCAAUCAAACGGCCACACCCACGCAGGGCGGCAGUCCCAGCAACGUGGCCGUGCAACCGAGUGCCACGGCCAGCAGUGGUCGCAACUCGGCCUCGCAUCUGAGCCUGCUGAAUACCAGCCAACACGGCGGCAGUCCUGUCACAGCCACCACGGGCGAUCACACGGAGGGGUACAAGCAUCCGAUCGAGGCACUGCCGGGCGAUCUGAACACCCCGGUGACCACAUCCAGCGAUAUACCCUCGUUCUUCGGGCCAUCCACAGUGGCGGAGCCACCUCCAAUAACCGGCUCUAUUGCUUCAGAGGAUCUCUCGCUGGAACCUCAAGUGGCGCUAUCGGUGGGGAGUCCUGUUUUAUCAUCCGUUUGUAGUCCGUUGAAGGAGGAGCGUAGUACGCCGCCAGCAUUGACUAUCGUUAAGGAAGAAUCAAGUAAUAAUAGUUGUAAUAUGUAUCCACAACACAACAACAACAACAACACAUCAUCCGCAACAACAACAACUACAACAAAACAGACAACAAGCGAAAGCAACAACAACAACCACACAACAACAGAGAGCGUUGGUUCGCCAGUUAACACUCAACAACACCAACAACAACAACAACAGCUGCAUCAUAGCAACAACAACAACUCUCACCAACAACAACAACAACAACAGCCACAACACAGCAGCUCCCCGCCGCAGCAUCAGCAACAUCAAUUCCAACAACAACACCAAAUAUUACACCAACAACAAAAUCAACAACCACAACAACAAUUACCACAUCAUCACCACCACCACCACCAUCAUCAUCAUCAUAAUAGUCAUCUACAGCAACAACAACAAACUCAACAACAACACCAACAAUCUCAACAACAGCUGCAACAACAGCAACAUCAACAGCUGCAACACCAACAACAACAGCAACUCCAACAACACCAACACUUUCAACAACAAGUACAACAACAACAACAAACUGGCAAAAUCUCAUAUCGUGGCAUUUUCACCACAACAGGAAACGCAAUGAAUGCCGCAGCAGCAGCCGCGGCUGCCCAACAGCAGCAGCAGCAGCAUCAGGCGCAACAGCAGCAACAGCAACAACAGCAACUUCCUUCCCCACAAUUGAGUGUCCUACCCGGACAGAUGUCGCCGCCAUCAAAUAGUUUGGGCAACAGUUGGGGCCUCCCCUCGCCGGACAAGUCGCUCUUCCAGCCACCGAUGUUCGCACACUACGCCACCAUGCAACAGCAGCAGCAACAACAGCAGCAGCAGCAACAGCAACAAGCUGCCGGUGCCACACCCUCGCCAUACGAUGAUGGACGGGCAGCGGCAGCAGCAGCCGCCGCCCAGCAUGCGGAACUCCUGGGCUUGUCCAUGGAUUGCACACCGUUGCUGCUGAAGCAACCGCCGCCCACAUAUGCGGGUCCCUCGGUGUCCACGGCGGGAUUCGCCAGCCUGGCUGAGCUCCAGAGCAGCCACGACCAGCUGCAACAGCAGCAGCAGCAGUAUGCCGUGCGCUCACAGCUCUCGAGCGUGUCUACGCCGAAAUAUCAAUGGCUGGACUCUCCGGCGGACUAUGCGCCACAGCAGCAGGUGCAGCAAGUGCAACAGGUGCAGCAACAGCAACAGAAUCUUGUCCUGCCGGGGCCCACAUCCUCGGCCAGCUCCAGCAAUGCCGCCCUGGGUGUGCUCAUCCCCAAGCAGGAGACCUAUCCCGACAUGCAGCCCAAUUCCAAUGGAACGGGCUACUCUGGGGCCUCCGGUGGAUCAGCAGCUGCAGCUGCUGCCGCCGCCGCCGCCGCAGCGGCUGCUGCCGUGCAACUGGCCGAAUAUAGUCCCUCCACCAGCAAGGGCCAUGAGAUACUGUCCCAGGUCUAUCAGCAGAGCACUGUGCCGCUUAAACUGGUGCCCGUCAAGCCGCGCAAGUAUCCGAAUCGGCCGAGCAAGACGCCCGUCCAUGAGCGUCCCUAUGCCUGUCCCGUGGAGAACUGCGACCGGAGGUUCUCGCGCUCGGACGAGCUCACCCGCCACAUACGCAUCCAUACGGGUCAGAAGCCCUUCCAGUGCCGCAUCUGUAUGAGGAGCUUCAGCCGCAGCGAUCACCUCACCACCCACAUACGGACCCACACGGGCGAGAAGCCAUUCAGCUGCGACAUUUGUGGCAGAAAAUUCGCCCGCUCCGACGAGAAGAAGCGCCACGCCAAGGUCCAUCUCAAGCAGCGCAUCAAGAAGGAGUCCAAGUCACGGGGCGAACAGCAGUCACAACAGCAACAGCAGCAGCAACAGCAGCAAACACAGCUCCAACAGCAACAGCAACAACAACAGUUGCAACAACAGCAUCUCCACCAGCAGCAAUAUCAGCAUCCGCAUCAUCAUCUGUUGCAUGCCGCCGAUCUGGCGAUUGUCACCUCAAGUGCGAGCAUGUAGAGUCUAGAGAAUUCAGCAUCAUCCAUUGAUCCGAAGCCACCAGCCGCCGGCUCGGGGAAUCUACAGUCCCUGCAGCAGCCCCAUCUCGAUCUAUCGCUGGCCAUCGAUGAGAGUGGAUUCCCGUUUGAGUUGACCUCCGAUUAUGGCACCAUAUCGCCGCUAUCGAGCCCCCUGAAAUUCAAUCAUCUGUGGGCCAAUCACGAGUACUACAAGGACAAUCCAUCCUCUGAGAUCUGAUCAAUCAAUCAAUCGCUGAUACUGAUGCUGAAUAAUCUUACUAGUUUGUAGUUGUAAUCCAGGGGUUGUGCUAGAUGGAGAAAUCAAUUUUCAAGACAUUAAAUCUUAAAGAAAAACCAUAUGCUACGAUAAAACAUACGAUAGUUAAUAUAUAUCACACAUCAAUGGAAAAAAAAACACACACACAGAUUUACUAACCAUACAAAAAAAACACACACACAAAAUGCUGUUGAAAGUAAUCGAAAGUUAUCGAUAUCGAUCAAAAAUAUCGAAAUUACAAAAACGUGGUGAUCGAAAAAAUUAUUAUUUCGGUCGAAAUGUUAUCGAAUAUUAUUUAUUCGAUGGAUUGAUGAUGAAAAAGUGAUCGAUAAAUUAUCGAAA